UUGACACCACGUCUCCCUCCGCAGGUUGAGCUCCAGAAGAGCCCGCUCUUCAGGUCCGGACAUUGCGGUGGUUUUUGGUGUAUUUUUCCUUUUAUAAAUUAUCCAAAGAGGAGUCAGAUUCUGAUGCUGGAGAUUCCAUGGCAACGGGAAACAUGACGAAGCGCGCCUGCGCGUCAAAGAUCUUUUAUGGUUGCAGAGAUGUGUUACUCUAUCGAGAGUUUAACAUCCCAAAAAGCUUCCUACUGUCUUUCAAAAGUUAGCGGUUUGAAUACCUCUGAACUUUUAUAGUCUCCUUUUUUUGGCAGCUAUGUCAGUACUACUUUUAAAAGUUACUGUAAACAUAAACCUACAAAUGACUCAUAUAAAAUGUAUUGUAAAUACAGAUUUUAGAUCCAGUUAAUCACCAGACUUUAAGAGGCAAAAUGAAAUGAUUGGAAACUUUUUUUUCUUCACCUAGAUCCCAGAAAAUCUUUAUUUCUUGUAGCCUCAGAAGAACAAACUGAGGGAUUGUGUUUGUCAGCGAGUAUCUAGCAGGUGUCUCACUUUCAGUACAUGUUAAGCUAUUACAAAUUCGUGUCAGGCUUUUGUUGAAACCGUUCCUUCAUUUGUGUUUAGUAAAGUGUGAAUCACCUGUGGGAUCAGACCUGUACCUGCAGCUUGUAGCUGCUGCAGUGGAGCCUCACUGGGUCAAACAAUGAUUAGGAUUAGAGCAGAUAAUGGCCUGAGCAUAUGGACAGGCUAAUUGGAGUUUAUGGACCAAGCGUCAGUGUUACAGGCCUGAAAGGGACCUGGCUGGGAGCACGGGGGUUUGUGAUUGUCCUUUAGCGUUUAGAUCAGGUCUUAUAUAAAUGAUAAAUGUCACGUGGUUAAACUGAGAUGAAACAUUUAAUUUGGAAUCAGUCUGUUUGUGAAACUUUAAAAUAUAUUUGUUUAAUAUUGAUUUGGUAAUUAAAUUGUAAUCAGUAUUUUUUAUUAGCCUGACAGACUAAACAAGGAACUGUAAUAAUUAAAUUAAAUUUAAUUAAUGUUAUUAACUCUCAUAACAUGUGUUGGGUAAUAACAGGACGACUUGCUGAGAGGCCUCUGCAGGUUGUAGCUCCUACGUUUUACAGCUUCCACAUGGGCACCGAUUACAUUCACACAUACGCUCUGUCUGUUGUACAAGAUACUACAAGCUCUUGCUGCUCUGCUAUUGGCUCAUCAGCAUCGGAAGGCCGUGUGUCAGCGACGGCUGAACAAAAGACAGAGAGACGCAGAGGAAACCACAGAGAGAGAGCGAGAGAGAGAGACGCACAUGCCGGCCAGACGAGCAGCAUGCCGGGGUAGAGAAGCCGGAGAGACGAAGAUGCAGGAGGUUUUAGGAUGAGUAGGACGUGUUAGAGUGGGUCGUUUUUAUAAGAAUUUAUUCUAAGUCUUGUUCGUGUGAUAGUGAUUCAUGCUCUUCAAAGCAUCACCGCUGUAUCCUCUAGUAACCGAAUGAGGAAACCGUUCUGUUUGGCGUUUUCUCGCUUCCGUUUCUCGCCAUCUCUCGACUCAUUUGCGGCGAAAAAAAAAGAAAGCACCAAACAGGUAUCAUGGUUGCCGGUGAGCUCGUGCAGGAGCAUCUGCGCGCGGAUACCGGCGCACCUGACGACAUCACCGUCGGCAGGAAGACUCCUGAGCUGGAGGGCGCAGCCGAGCGAUGCGCGGAUACGACAUACGGAGCGGCGCCAACGCACGGGGUUGGGGAGGCAGACACCAGCCCUGCGCUGGUGCAGGAAAAGGAGGUGCCGCCGGAUGAAAGAGAGGCGAUGCUGCCCAACGGAGGAGGAGGAGAUGAGGCGGAGGAAAGGAAAACGCUAGAGACGAGACUGUACUGGCGCCGGUUCGCUGUGCUGGCUGUUUUCAGCCUUUACUCUCUGGUGAACGCCUUCCAGUGGAUCCAGUACAGCAUCAUUACCAACGUGUUCACGCGGUACUACGGGGUGAACAACGACAAGGUGGACUGGCUCUCCAUCGUCUACAUGGUCGCCUACGUGCCGCUCAUCUUCCCGGCCACCUGGCUGCUGGACCGAAGAGGUCUGCGGCUCACGGCCCUGCUGGGCUCCGGCCUCAACUGCGCCGGCGCCUGGCUCAAGUGCGCCAGCGUGAGCCCCGAGCUGUUCGGAGUCACCGUCACCGCUCAGGUCAUCUGCUCCGUGGCGCAGGUGUUCAUCCUCGGCCUGCCGUCCCGCAUCGCCUCGGUGUGGUUCGGACCCCGGGAGGUUUCCACCGCGUGCGCCACGGCGGUGCUCGGGAACCAGCUGGGAACAGCCAUAGGCUUCCUGUUGCCUCCAGUUUUAGUUCCCAACACGCCCGACGAUGUUGAACUGACGGGUCACAACAUUAGCAUCAUGUUCUACGGUACCGCUGCAGUCUCCACGGGCCUCUUCAUCCUCGCAGUGAUAGUCGUGAAGGACCGCCCUCCCCUCCCUCCCAGUCAGGCCCAGGCUGUCCUGCCGGACUCUCCCCCUGAGGAUUACUCCUACAAACAGUCCAUCAUCAACCUGAUAAAGAAUAAAGCCUUCGUCCUGCUGCUCGUCAGCUAUGGUAUAAUGACUGGUUCCUUCUACUCUGUCUCAACACUCCUCAACCAGAUGAUCAUGGCCUGCUACGAGAACCAGGAGCUGAAUGCUGGGAGAAUUGGUCUGACUCUGGUUGUUGCUGGGAUGGUCGGAUCCAUCCUCUGUGGCCUAUGGCUGGACCACACGAAGACGUACAAGAUGACGACUCUGAUCGUAUACUGCCUGUCGUUCCUGGGAAUGGUGGUCUUCACCUUCACUCUGAACCUCAACAACAUCUACCUGGUUUUCUUCACCGCUGGAGUCCUGGGGUUCUUCAUGACAGGUUACCUGCCUCUGGGCUUCGAGUUUGGAGUGGAGAUCACUUACCCAGAGUCCGAAGGAACAUCGUCGGGACUCCUCAAUGCUUUCGCUCAGAUAUUCGGGAUCAUUUUCACUCUGAUUCAGGGCAAACUGACCACGCAUUACGAUCCGCAGGCUGGAAACCUCUUCCUCUGCGCGUGGAUCUUUCUUGGAAUAUUGCUCACUGCCUUAAUCAAGUCAGAACUGAAAAGAAACAACGUCAACAUGGCUGCAGGCAGCAACCACCUUCAAGCACUUCCCACUGAGUGUCCUGGAGACGGCCCUUCAGAGAAGAAAACCAAUGGAGUCAAGCUGGAGCCCUCCAUCAGCUUCUCCCAUGAAACCUCACUGUGACCCUGCCAAGUCGCUGAGUCACAGGUCUCCUGCUGCCCCGGGAUACGUGUUGGCGCCAUGGUCUAUGUGAUGUAUGUAGAGGUGCACUUGAUUUUUAUCGCCAAGCAUAAUUUCCUUGAUAUUCUGAAAGGUGAAGGCUCUGGAUGGGAGCCAAGUGUAAUCAAGCACAGCCACAAUCUACACUGGAUUCUGGACGGGUGACCAGCAAGAACCAGAGGGAGUUGGUUAAAUCUCUGCAGAGGGAUCCAGGUCCCUCAUGCUCCCAGUUUUCUGGUUGGGUUGGUAAAAAAUAGUAUGCAAACAAUGGCAGGCAGAAGAAGCUCCACUGCACUUUAUCUUUAUUGUAGUUUGUGAAGCGUGGCGCUUUUAGUCUGGCUACCGGAUGAAAAUCCAUCCUCAAAGGAAAACGGAAGGUAAAAGGAGCUUCCAGUUCCUGGAUCACCGGCUUGCUGCGGUUGAAAGAAAAUAUUCCUGUGACUGUAGAGGGAUCGCAGCAGCAGGUGAAGUCUUUCGUGUGUCGGAGUCUGCAGGUGCGUCGGAGGAGCCAUUCUGUUUGGUUUUGUCCUAUGAACUCUGCUCAUUUCACAGGGCCAACAUUUCCUGAGUUUACUUGAAUAAUUCGUUGAUGCUUUGAACUGCGUUUGUGAGACACACUGUAAAUGUUAUUAUGUCAUUUUUUCAUUUGGUUUCUUUUCAGACGACAGCGGUUAUGUCCGUAGUCAAGGAACUUUGAUUCUCAUUGCUUUACACACAACACAACAAUGCACAACAAUGGGUGGACUGCGUCAAACAAAUGCAUCUUUCACAGCUGACAGUGUCUAAAAUCAUCUGGAAACCCCACAGGUUUUAUUUGCUGCCUUCUUUUUGUCCGUUGCAGCUUCCAUUGUGUCUGACUGCGCCUAAAUGGCACAGCAGAAAACCUCAGUCCAUCCAGGACCGCAAGUCAUUCAGUUAGUGACCAGUGAUUGAGGCAAAAAGUCUGGAGGAACUGAAUCUGGCUUUCAGAUUUCAGGGGUUCUUCCCCGACAAAGAGGGUGGAGGGAAGGUGAAGGACAGUGGAGGCCUUUUAACAGGUUAUUCCACUUUAAAGUGAACAUGAGCCACAUAUGAGUGAGCCCUGACAUCACUAACACCAAAAAUCAAAACUCUGAUCUCAUGAUUCAUAUAAAUUUAACAGUAAAAUUAUAAGUAAUUCUUAUAAAACCUUCAAGUCUCUAUCAAGCGGCCUGUUCAGAAUGUGUUAUCUGGUCCAGAUCUUAGUGUGAAAGAGUUGCCAUCACAAUAAGUUAGAGCAAAAGUUCAGUAACACUUUGAAGAAAAGUUAGACUUGUUCUGAUGAUACGACUGACAGGGUGAAUGAGGAUUAUGACAUUAGAGAAACAACGACCCGCUGUAGUAAAAUAGAAUAUGUACUGUAUGUUAUGUGUGGAUUACUUGUACAAUGGUUUGCUGACAACACAAUUGUGCUGCAGGUUUUUUUUUCCCUGCACAAAACCACUAUGGACCAAACAGAAUGUGAACAACUUCUGAGAUCAGUGCACAACAAGAAAUACACGCACAACUUCAGGUGUUAUACUGGAAUGCAUGACUUCAUGUAUGUUUUUACUGUUGACUCCUGUUCCUUAUUAUACUGAGACAGAAGCAUAGCGCCAUCUUGUGGUUUUUCUUCAGUAGUAACUAAGCUGACAGAGCGAGCUGACGGGAGAAGCACAAACAUGCAACAGAAGAAUAUGAUCCUUUAGAAUUACAGAUCCACUCGUUUAUUUGAUUGACCUGUAGAGGGCAUUCGUUUGUUUGCUUCUAUUUUUUCAAACCUUUGAAAACAUUUCAUGUGUAAACCUGGACGAAUGAUUGAUGCAUUAUUCUGUUUGGUGAAUCUUAGUAGAUGAAGAUCUAACAUUUCUUUGUGUUUCUCUAAUUUUUAUAACAGGAACUUUUAUACAGCACUGUCUUGUUUAUAAAAUGUAUUUGUUUUCUCCAGCUAUUUAUUAAUCUGCAAAUAUAUUACAGCAAAUGCUACUGUCAUAAAAUUGUGAAAGGAUUAAUAACGUAUGGCUCUCCUUCUGAAAAACUGAGAAUUCAUCUCGUUUGAUACAAGCUGAGACAUUUUUGAAUUUAUGGCCUCAUCUCUGGCCUCAUGUUUGGUCGGCCAUAUUUUGCUUUGUCACCAUCCUGUCUUCAACAUCUGUGUGACCAAAAAAAGAUUUUACAACCGAAAUCAGUAAAGAAUAUUUUGUGUUGUGAUACUGUGACUGCUGCAGAAACAGUUAAUGCAUUAAACCUUCUG